AUGCACGUAGCCGUGCCCUUGUCUCGCCACUUUAAUACAAGGCUAAGCGGAGCGGUGCCGGCUGCAGGCGUCCAGACUGCCAGGAGCGGCAAGAUUGCUGCCCGUACCGGUGCGCAAAGAUCGGUUGUGCUCCUGUGCACGCUCAUUGAAACAUCGGCCAGUCUGCCCUAUGUAAACCGACUGCACGAAAGGGAGAUUCGACCGUACAUGAUAGGAGGGGCAAGGAACAUGGUGGAUGAAAUCCGCAAUGCCUACGUGAGGGCCCUGCAACAUUCAACCUGGCUCAGCACCGACUUCCGACUAGCUGCUGUAAAGAAGAUUAGGGACAUGGUGUCCAACGUGGGAAGUCCCGGCCGACACUUCGAGUCUGACUUCGUCGAAGCACUGUACAAACCCUACCCGGAUGAACCGCUGGACCUAGACGAACUGUUCCCGACCUGGAUAAAGGCUCUGGGUCUCUCUACUCAGUAUUUGUGGACGGACACCACGACCCCACUGUACGACGACACUAGCUAUUUCCCAUUUUAUACGGACGCAAUCAACGACAUCACUGUACCGACAGCAUCCAUGCUUCGUCCGUUCAUGUAUCCGUACGGGAUACUCGCACUGAACUAUGGAGGUCUUGGAACGAUGAUUGGCGGAGAGAUGAUGCGCGCAUUGGACCCACGAGGCAUACAUUCCCUCGACGGCUACGUACCAGAUGACAAGGACGAGGUCAUAAAAGAAUACACGAGAAAGGCGCUGUGCUUGCGGAAAUCUCACAAAUCAGUUCUGUCCUUAAGUGGUCAGGAAGAAACGUUGAGCGAGGAACUGGACAGCGUGAACCUGUUCGACCUGGUGGGCACCAAGAUGGCUUAUGACGCUAUGGAUUCCUUGGUGCACGAAUACAGGGACGAAACUCCUGCAGGCCUGAACAUGUCAGCGCAGCAGCUGUUCUUCUUCAACAACUGCACGAAAUAUCUCGUCGAGUGGCUGACUUCAUUGAACCUGGACAUUCUGAGCAGCAGAACACUGGCGAAUGUCAACCCGGUCAAGAUGAUGAUUCAGGCCCACGAGCGCACCUUGAACCGCAUCUACCAAGCGUACCUGGAGCUGAAAGCGUUCGCAGUGCAGCGUAAUGACGGUUCUGGCGGUGCCCUUGGUGUCAUAUAUCCUAAUGCAUAG